ACGACGACAAGCAUCAUGCCACCCAAAACUUCCGGAAAGGCUGCCAAGAAGGCCGGUAAGGCCCAAAAGUCUAUCACCAAGGGUGAUAAGAAGAAGAAGCGCAGGAGGAAGGAGAGCUACAGCAUCUACAUCUACAAGGUGCUCAAGCAGGUCCACCCUGAUACCGGUAUCUCCUCCAAGGCCAUGUCUAUCAUGAACUCUUUCGUGAAUGACAUUUUUGAGCGCAUUGCAGCUGAGGCUUCCCGCCUUGCACACUACAACAAGCGUUCCACCAUCACCAGCCGGGAGAUUCAGACCGCUGUCAGGCUGUUGCUCCCUGGAGAACUUGCCAAGCACGCCGUCAGUGAGGGCACAAAGGCCGUCACAAAGUACACUUCCUCCAAGUAAAUCUCUAGGUUGCAUGCUUUUCUUGCC